AUGAGUGACACUGAACCGUUUAGUAGCGGCUCGUCAGAUAUUUACCAGCCGCUUGUCUACGAGUCAUGUUCAACCAGUUCAGAUGAUGAUGGAAGCGAUGUUGGUUUGUUGACAUUUCAAAACCAAACUAAUGAGGCGAACGAUAAAGGUAUGAAUAUUUUGGAUGAAUUUAAUACAGAUAAUCCAUGCCCAUCGACGAGUGGCAUAGCGCCGAAAAAAAGAAAAUCCGCGAAUCCAUCACAAUGGAAACGGAAUGUAAUAAAGAAGUCUAUUGCUACUGGAAAGGGCUAUUUAAACUAUAAAGGCCGUGAAAUAGGCGAAAGAAAAACUGGACCGGAUUGUUGUUGUAAGAAGUAUAAGUGUUUUGUUCAAAUUAAUGAAGAAGAUAGGAAACUAAUAUUGGAAAAUUUUAAUAAAUUGGAAGAAACCUAUGUGCAAAACGUAUACUUAGGCGGUUUAAUUAAAACUGAGAAUGUUGAAAGGGAAAGAUCUAAAACUGGUACGGGGAAGAAACGGAGUUGUUCACACAAAUAUUAUAUUAAAUUAGGAAAUAGAAAUAUACAAAUUUGCAGAAAUGGCUUUGCAUCUAUCCAUGGAAUAUCCAAAAAGCGUGUAGACAAUGUUGCUAAAGAGUAUCGGGAUCCUACUGUAACUACACCAGCUCAGUCUAAUCGUGGAAAACAUCAAAAUAGACCAAAUCGUAUUCCAAGUGAAUGGGUUUCUAAAGUUGACUCUCAUAUUAGAAGUUUCCCACGUCGCGAGUCACACUACAGUAGAAAUAAAAGCUCACGUUAUUAUCUGUCUCCAGUGUUGAACAUUAAAAGGAUGUACGAGUUAUAUUUGAAAAAGCAUGAGCUUGGUCUUGAAGCAUCUGCUAAGCCUAUAGUAUCAUUUGAUUUUUACUACAGAUACUUUAAACAAAAUUUUAAAUACAGUUUUGGGUCACCUCGUUCAGAUACUUGCAAGAAGUGCGACAUGCUGAGUAACAAACUAAAAGAUAAGACAUUGGAUAGCGAUGAAACCCAAAAAAUACAGAUAGAGAAGAGUCUUCAUCAAGCCAAGGCCGACACUUUUUUUGUUGAUUUAAAAGAGAAGAGUCAACUUGCUCUUAAUAAUGAAGAAUGCGAAGUGUUAACAUUUGAUUAUCAGCAGAAUAUGCCAUUACCUAAAGUUCCAGCAGUCAGUGUUACAACGGGAACGCCAGUAUUUGAUUAUUUUCCUAUAAUGAGAAAUGCUCAAGCCCAACUAUCAGUUCUGCCUCAGAAACCGCUGCAUGAUCAUGCAUUGCCGUUGAAAAAGGCUAAAUACAACGAUGUUAUGCAGUUGGUAAAGAACUAUGUUCCACCAAAUAAACUAUAUUUCUACAGGGCCCUUAAAAGUGAAGCUGUCGGACCAACAGAUGAUAUUUCUAGCGAAGACGACGAUGAUCAAGCUGAAGUUAACCUUUAA